AUGGCGUCGCGGGCCAAACUCCUCGGAAUGAAUAUGGUGUAUUACGUGCCGCCGGUGGAGGGACGUCACCAGCCAGCGCAUCAUUUUCUUUUGCAUCCAGAACGAGACGAGACCGCAAUGACAGCCUUCAAGGAUAAGCUCAGCGAGGCAGUGGCUAAAGGCCAGCACGUGAUCGUCAGCUCCGAGGCGCCUUCCCUCAUGAGUCCAAAGUUGAUGUCGUCGCUGAAAUCUUUAUUUCCGAAGUUUAACAUCAAGGUGGUGCUCACUCACCGGCCAUUCCUCGGUCGGGAGUGGUCUCAGUACAAGCAACACCUCAAGCAACACAACCCCCGCCAAAUCGGCGUAUCGUUCGCCGAAUUUUAUGGGAAGGUAUCCCGAUCAGAGACAGAUGGCACAGAUUUCUGCGGGCGUGUCGCCAGCAAGUAUAUUCAAGAAUUUGGCCGUGACAGCGUUUUCAUAUUAGAUUUUCUGGGGGCACAGAACGACGGCGACAUUGUGAAUAUGCUGCUGUCUGCCGUCGGUUUACCGACUUUCGAGGAGCCGCUCGAACAAGUCCCCAACGGGCCAGCAUUCACUUCCGACCAGGUUGUUUAUUUCCAAAUGUGGCACUUACUCGGGGAAUACAUGCGCGAGCAUCACCAUUGCCAAUUGGAGGCGCCGCCGAGGCAAGAGCUCGUAUACAAGGUUGAUGCGAUGUUCAAGCACCACACCAUGCCGAAGAAGUGUUUGGACAUGGAGCCGAUGAAGAAAUCUGCACUCAAAAUGGAUGCCAAUUUCCGAGUUGCGUUUGGAGACCGCAUUUUGCACUUCCGCCCAGAUUUGUCAGAUAAUGAGACUACACAUUUCAAGCGGAUCUGCGAGCUAGACCACCAGAUUGUCAGGAUAGACUGGAAUGAUGCGUUCGAGAAGCACGCCGAAACUCUUUUGAGCAACUCAUGCCAGAAGCAGUAG